UAUAUAGAUGAAGCUGUGUGUCCUUGUGUCUCCUGCGUUUCUUUAGUCUUGGCUUUCUGCAUUUUAAAACCAGUUAAGCUCCUUUAUAACCUUCCAUGAGCUUUUCCUUCACCAUGCUUCCCACUUAUUGCAUUAACCUAUGAUGACCUAACAUCAUAAUACAGGAUUUAGGCGUUUGUUUUGACAGGGGCGUUUUCGUUCGUUCUCUCCCUGAUGCACGUCUUGCUCCCUUAUCCUCAGAAACGGCUCUGCUAUGUUCCCGCUUAGGAUCGUUCCCUGCCAUUUUUAUCCUUAUCUUUAUUUUGCUGUUUGGAGGACAUGACGCAAGGACUUAAUAUUAGUUGGCCCUCGACUGACCCAGGAACUGAGACCGGAAGAGACUGUUGCCUCUGCAGCUUUCCAAACAAGCACUCCCACAUUCCCUGUAGCUGCUCCUCAGCAGGGGGAGGCCGGGAAGCUGAGACCGUCACGAUGGGAUGUGGACAUCCAUCAGGCUGCUGAAAUGCCUCGGCUGCCAGAGAGAUGGUCCUUAGUUCCUGUGCUAGAAACCGGGUUUCUCCAUCCUGGGAAUUCUGCCCACACUGCCGACUGCCUGUGUGAAUGGUAACCAGAUUGGGACUGUCAACGUUCAUGUGAUUUUUGUUUGAUCUCCCUCAUGCAGCCAUAGGGAAUCAUAUUGUGUACCAGUGAAUGUUAACUAGCUAUAUAAAAUAUUAGAGGAAAGUCAGUCAGCAAGAACUAAUUGCCAAGAAACCCAAAUGAUCGUCAUAUGAUUUUUGUUUGAUCUCGAUUGGCCAUUGACAGGGAAAUGUUUACGAGAAAACUGUUAAUGAACUGUAAAAUUGUGCUGUAAACAGAAAAUCAGUCAGGAAGAACCAGUACCAAAGAAAGAAUCUGAUAAACAUCUAAAAAUAUUAAAUAUUUUCAUAUUUAGGGCUAAUAAAUGAAGUUUUGUGGAAAAAUACACAAAGAAAGCAGGGAAACUGAUUUUGUUUGAUAUCGCAAGGAAUUGUGAUCAUAAUGAAUAUUCAAUUUUUACAGUAAAAUAAAAAUAAGUCAGAAAGAACCAACACUCUAAAAAUCCUGGGUUAAAAACAACCCAAGUUGGGUUGAAAAUGGACAAACUCAGUGACUGGGUUAUUUUGACUCACUGGUUAGGUUAAAUGUUUGCCCAACCUGCUGAGAAGUUUUAUUUAACUCAACUAUAGUUUAAAAAAUUACUGUAUUGCUUUCUUAAAAUGAACCCAAAGUAUGUUUAUUGUAUAUGUUUAAUAAAUUGUAUUGUAUAUGUUUAACAAAUGAACAUUUAGUAAACAAUUAAAUUGCUUAUUAAUAAAUGUUCACCUUUUGAUUAUUAUUGUUGCCUCUAGUAAUUAUGUCUGUUUAAGCCAGCCAUAUAGUCAUUUUUAAACAAUUGGGUUAAAUAAAACUACCCAGCACGUUGGGUCAAACAUUUAACCCAACCGCUGGGUUUGUCCAUUUUCAACCCAACUUGGGUUGUUUUUAACCCAACAUUUUUUUUUUUUUAGAGUGUAAAGCAUGAAAUCCAAAGAGUGAUUGUUGUUUGAUAUCACAGGGAAUUGUGACUCUUAGUUAAUGUUAAUGAACUAUAAUAUUUUACUGUAAAAGGAAAAUCAGUCAGAAAGCAAGAAAAUAAAUCACACGUGACUUAAAAAAUGUGUUUUGCGUUGUAAAGUCAAAAUCAACUAACUGUAUUUGAAAGUCGUGUGCAAUUUCACCAUAAAAACAAAAUAAAGUUUAUUUUUAUAGUUCGGUUUAAUAAAAUAAUUAUUAAUGAGAUUAUUUUUUUCUAAGUGUGAUGUAGGUGAGUUUUAAAAAUGCACAUGGGCGCGCGCAGGUGAAAUCAGUAAAUCAACUGAUUGAUGCUUUGAACGGGUCUGAUCAGGAUCAUCGUUUGGCUGCUGAUACGGAGCAGCGGAGCGCAGCUCGCGCGCUGUGUUAAGGACCGCCUCGCGAGCGACGGGACACCCGCCAAUAUGAUCCAAAAGUCAAGGAAAUCUUUCUGCAGCGAGAGUUUCCACGCGUGAAAAUGAUCCAAGAGGGGGAAUAAUCCAGCGAGAUACGAAGGCACGAGAGGAAAACAAAGAGAGGAAACGCGAGGGAGGGAGAUCACUGAUGAUGAUGGUGGUGGCCUAGAAACAUCAGGAGUUAUUCCUCGUUCUGCUCGACCGGAUCGUAAGACGAUGGGGGAUUUUACGCAUUGCAAAGAAAAGGGGCUCGCUUUCCUCCUCCGCGCACCCGGGCUUUACUUCUGACUUGUGCUUUCACGCGAGGAUGCGUUGAAGGCGAACUCGUGGCAGUCCGCUGCUCGAAAGUCACUCACUCACUCACUCACGUGAAAAGGAACAGCGGCUCUGCGCAUUAAUGCGUGUGUGCGCGAGCGCGUACGCGUGCUCUCCCGUGACCGAUGGCACUGGAAUCCGUGCGCAACGGCUAUGUGCGCACUUGUGUCACUCCCGUGGAGCAGGACUGCUGGCACUCGUGCUUGCGGAGCCGUAGGAGCCUCUCCUCGGCCGUGUGCGUCGCCUCGCUGUCCGUGCUCCUCGCGCUGCUCGCUCAUCAGUCCGCGGACUGGGACGCGGAGCGCGCACACGCGCACUCGGGAUCUCCGGCGCUGCACUUGGUGACGCUCGUGGAGCUCGUGUGGCAGCUGCUCUCGCCCGUCUUCACGCUCGUGUGUGCCUUCUUCUGGGUGGGUGUGUAUCUGCUCCGCUGCGGGGUGCUCAUCCGUACGGCCGUGUUCCUGCUCACCGUGUGCCAUCUGGGCGAAGCGGCGGCGCAGUCGCUGCUGGAUGCGCAGCAGCUGUACUCGUUCACGGCCACCGCGCUGGUGCUGCUCGCCUGCCUGGCCAGCGGGGCGCUCAUGGUGGUGCGGCUGGGUCAGGGCAUCUCCGUGCUCCUCUUCAUCAGCAUCAUCAGGACCGUGUCGCUGCUGUCGCUGCAGAAGGUGCGCGCCAGUUGGAGACCCUACCUGGCGUACCUGCUCGGGGUGCUGGGGGUCCUGCUGGCGAGGUAUGCGGACAGACUGCUGCCGGAGCAGGGCGCAUCACACCGGGAGGGAUCGAGGGGAGAUAUUCCAGUAUUUAAGAGGCGCAGGAGGUCCAGCUCCGUAGUCUCGUCAGACAUGGCACAGCACGGCCAGUCCAGGAGCAAAUCUCACAGGAGGACGUCUCUGCCCUGUCUGCAGAGAGACCAGAUGCUCCCACAGCAAGAAUGGGACCACAAAAGAGGCGCUCGAGGAUCUCAGCCAUCCGGCCUAAUGCAAUCUUCGGGCACCAGCGUGACGGUGGACAUCGCGGUGAUGGGCGAGGCCCACGGACUGAUCUCAGAUUUGCUGGCUGACCCCUCCCUCCCUCCCAACACCUGCAGCACCCUGCGGGCCGUCAGCAACCUGCUUAGCACCCAGCUCACCAUCCAGCCGCUGCACCACCGGCCGCGCAUGAGCCCCCUGCUGGCCUUCAGCGACGGACACGCCUGCUCAGACUCGGAGGAGGUGCCGGAAAAAGGAGAGAGGCUGGCCAUCCCGAAGCGUUUGAGGCGAAGUUUACCUCCGGGGCUUUUGAGACGGAUUUCUUCCACGUGGACCACCACCACCUCAGCCACGGGCCUGCCCACCCUCGAACCCGGGCCGGUCAGACGAGACCGCAGUGCCAGCAUCAAAACACCUCAUGAUGGCCCUUCCAGCAGUUUGGUGAACAGUGACUCAUGGAACAACUCCGUUAUGCUCACCAUUUCCAAGAGCAGAUCCAUGUCCGCUUCAUACGCUGCCCCCGCCACCAACCACAUCUAUAGCAAGAGCCGAAGAGGUUACCCUUCUUCCAACAUCUCACCUCUGGCUUCACCCUGCUCCUCCCCUCCAGUCCAGGGCACUCCGGUCAACAGUCCCACCAACAAAAGCCCUUCAGUGGAGCUGCCUGACACAGAGCUUCCGCAGGGCGACGGCCCGCCGCCACGCAGCCCCCACAAAGCCUUAACCCACAGUCAGAGCGCCCCCAGCCCCACUACCACACACUGGGCGCCUCCUCCACUUUGUAGCAGCUGUGGAAGACCGUACAGUAAACUGAGGCACGGGGAUGGAUCCACAGACGCAGGAGACAGAACCCAACAGUCAGACGAACCGGUGAUAAUGUCAUCAGACUAUGACUGCACCUAUGAGACCAACCACAGUGACAGCAGCGAAUUUGCACAGAAUGAGGAAGACAGAGAGGGUCACAGGAACCCCUGCGGGACGUACCCGCCUCAGGCGCUCGCACUGGCCGCUCUUAUACCUCCAGAGGAUAAGCCCAUCUUGGCCCCAGAGCCCCUGGUAAUGGAGGGACUGGAGCCUCUCAUGAGUCAGAUCAACAACUGGAACUUCCCCAUCUUCAGUCUGGUGGAGAAAACCAAUGGCAGAUGUGGUCGCAUUCUCAGCCAGGUGUCCUACCAGUUGUUUGUCGAUACGGGACUCUUUGAGACUUUCAAGAUUCCGGUGAGGGAGUUCAUGAACUAUUUCCACGCUCUGGAGAACGGAUACAGGGACAUCCCAUAUCACAACAGGAUCCAUGCAACAGACGUCCUCCAUGCAGUUUGGUACCUCACUACUCAACCUGUGCCUGGUUUACCUACACUGGGAUCACUUAGUGACUCGGACUCUGACAGUGGACUCGCUCAUGGCCGCACAAAGUACCUGAUGUCCAGGACGUAUCCUGCAGAGGAGGAGGGUUACAGCUGUCUGUCCGGCCUCAUCCCUGCUCUGGAGCUGAUGGCGCUCUACGUUGCUGCUGCCAUGCAUGAUUACGACCAUCCUGGCAGGACCAAUGCGUUCCUGGUGGCCACCAGCGCUCCACAGGCUGUGCUUUAUAAUGACCGUUCGGUGCUGGAGAACCAUCACGCAGCUUCUGCCUGGAAUCUCUUCAUGUCGCGGCCCGAGUACAACUUCCUGGCCAGUCUGGACCACAUGGAUUUCAAACGCUUUCGCUUCCUGGUCAUCGAGGCCAUACUGGCCACUGACCUUAAGAAACACUUUGACUUUCUGGCUGAAUUCAACGCCAAGGUGGGGGAUGAUGGCUGCUCGGGGAUUGAAUGGUCUAACGAGAAUGAUCGUCUGCUGGUGUGUCAGAUGUGUAUUAAGUUAGCGGAUAUAAACGGUCCAUUGAAAUGCAAGGAGCUUCAUUUGCAGUGGACGGAGGGCAUCGUCAAUGAGUUCUACGAACAGGGUGAUGAAGAGUCCAGCUUGGGCCUUCCCAUCAGCCCCUUCAUGGACCGCUCAGCGCCCCAGUUGGCCAAACUACAGGAGUCCUUCAUCACACACAUCGUCGGGCCUCUCUGCAACUCUUACGACUCUGCUGCCCUCAUGCCUGGGCACUGGGUCAACCCUCAGCCCAAAGAGGGCGAGGAUGCUGAGGAAGAGACAGAUGAAGAGGAUGAGGAAGACACACCGGAGGAAGACGCCUCUAGCAGCUCAGAGCUUUCCCAGAAACCAGCUCCCAAGAAACGACGGAAAGUGUUCUGCCAGAUCACCCAGCACCUGCUGGAGAACCAUGAGAUGUGGAAGAAGGUCAUUGCAGAAGAGUCCCAAAGCCAGACAGAAGAGGAGGAGUCCACAUGCCUCAGUAACACGCCUGAGUCAAUCCUAGCCAUUGACGAAGAGGAGGAGGAGCCAGGGAGCAAGGAGGAGCCAACAGACGACCAGGAGGAGCAGUCAACAGAGGAGGAGGAGAGUCCUGUACCUGAAGAGACACAUGAAACAGAGGAAACAGAUGGCGAGACUGUAGCGGAAACAGACACAGCAACUGUAGAAGACGAUGCGGAGCUAAUGGGAAAACGUGAGGAAACUGAAGACGAGGAUCCAGAAUGAAUGACUUGCCGGUUUUAGACGAGAACGUUGUCUGAAAGCUUUUUAUAGGCAAGCAAGACUCCUAAGAAAUGGUUGCCAGCACAUCACUUAGACACAACACUGUAGAUGCUUGGGGAACAUGUGCCUAAAGGAAACAGGGUGGGAAGGGGUGGUUCGGGACGAAGGGUUUGAUUAACAAUGAGUGGGCGGUGAACUAUUAGCGUAAAGUGAGGUUUGAUGCUAAAAUUGACCAGGACAUAGAGUUCUCCGGGGGGUGGGGUGGGGGGUUUCCUAUAUUUUCUAGACGUUAUGUCGGUCAGUUUUGCAAGAAACCCCUCCUGCUGCACCUUAACCCACCAAACUUCGACAGGGGUCCCAGUGACCUGCAGCUACACAAGUUUGCAGGCUCGUCCGUUCUCCUCAACAAGCAUUUCUGAGGAGCUUAGUGUCAAAGUCGGGAAAGAGAAAUCAAUCCACCGUGACUCUCGCCAGCUCCUUGAAGGCAUCGCGCCUCAUUCACGUAUCCCAUCAUCCGCAGUGGACGAAAGCAAAUGUUCCAGAAACAGCAUGCAUUUGUGAAAAUGCUACAAAAAGAUUCCACAUGUGUAACACCAUAUGUUCCCGUGUCUGUCCUGCCAUUGCUCUUUCUUUUCCUUUCCAGAGGUCCUUUCUAUCACAAAUGCUUGCACCAUUGUCCUUGUCCCAUUUCUGAAGGCGUCAUGCCGAAUGCUCCUCAUUCUCUUCCCUCACCUUUUUCCCUCGGCAUUCCAUUAGUCCAUGAACUGAGAUCUUGCAUUUCUCAGGAUCAGACUGUUUUUGGAUAACGGUACAAGGAGUCAUUGGUUUUUAUGGACUUUCUUGCAACUUUUUAAUCUUUUGAAUCUUGAUUUGUGAGGACAAAGGGAAUCUUUAGUUGUUUUUUAAAGUGUAAUUUCUUCUAAACGUCAAUGGCCUUUUUAACAAUAGCCCAAUUGUUGUUUUACCAGGAGAUUUGAAUAUAUAUAUAUAUAUAUAUACACAAACAUACGUACAGUGCCCUCAUCCAUACAUCAUUCCUCUCGUUAUCAUUUACCCUAACAAACGUCUGUAACUUUACAGACUGCCUUUUUCUCUUCCCGUCAAGCAGAGCUUCUGUUCCUGCAUUUAAGCUUCUUAAUAAACUGCUCCAGCAAGUUUUGAGAGCCGACUAAACUGCUCUGGCAAGUUUAACAGAUCAAAGGCGCAGACUGGCCCAACGAGAGAGCCUCGGGCUCCCGCAUUCCCCCGCAGUCGCAUGUUCUCCCUCCAAACAAGGCCGUAGUUAUGCUUCACAGUCGUCUCACGCAGCCGCCACGGUAAUGCAGGCAGGCAUGUGAGCCACUGCGAGCUCCUCAGCCCAAGGGAUGAGACGCCGAGCGCCGUCCCUCUCACAUGAGCGGACCCAAAGACCAUGUGCCGCACAUGAGAUACGGGCACCGGUCGACACGGCUGUCCGCGCUCGCCUUUGAUGUGCCGAAAGAGGCAGAUUGCUGGUGACGGCGAGAUGAAACACUUCAGCGGGCUUAAUCACCUCAAGUCCGAUGCCUUCAGUCACUUUGAAGGAGAGCCAAUUAAAAACACCUAGGUAGGAGGCGACGGUCAUGUGCUCUAGACCCAUCUUUGAAACAUCCCCUUCGAUCGUAACGCAGUGUAAGCCUUAAUAUUAUCAGGCAACGUGGUGCAAUGUAGUUCAGCUAAUUAUUUAAGCAAUACCGACCCUAUGUGUACAGUAGAUUGGUAGCGUUUCCAAUUGCACUUUCUUUUUGUUGCUGUGUAACUUUCAAACAGCUCAAAUGUGUGUGCCAAAAAUGACUUCAAAUCCAUUCUUCUCCCCAAAGUAUGAAACACCAUUUUUGUUCACCGUAGCUCAGGAGUGCCCAAAGCUGCUCUUGGAGGGCCACUGUCCUGUAGAGUUUAGCCUCAACACACCUGCCUGGAAGUUUCUAGUAUGCCUAGUAAGACCUUAGCUGUGUUCGAAAUAGCCAUUCACUAUUCCCUGCAUCAGUCCACUAAUAUAGUCCACUUGAAGGAGUGAAUGAAAAUGUGCUUGCUUCUUAAUAAUCAUUUGAAACUUAGCAAAAUGACAGCUCCAGUAGUAAUGAAAAUAUUUAGGCCUAUCUUGAACUCUGUCAUGGGAACUAACAUGUCUAAAUCUUAAUUAAACAAUUUAAUAAUCAAUUAAAAAGGAAUUUAUACCUGUAUGAUAUUACGCUGUAGCAACAUUGGACCAGCUGUUUAGAAAAUGGAUGGAUGAUUCAUCUGCAAACGCCAUCUGCUGGCGAGACGCGGGAAUUCAUUUGGCAUGCAACUCUCAGGGCCCUAUCAUACACCCGGCGCAAGUGUUUUUGCUAGUUUCAGCCCGACGCAGUUAUCAUUUUCACGUCUAGCGCCCACGUUGUUUAAAUAGCAAAUGCACUCGCAUCCAUCUGUUUGCCCAUUGGCGUGCUGGUCUGAAAACGAGGAUUGUUUAGGUGCAUUGUUGGCGUGUUGCUAUUUUGAGGCAACAGAAAACGACUGUGUCAAUGGCGCAGUAUUUAUUUUUUUGUUGUUGUUUAAAGGGCGCGUUAGUAAUAUGCACCUAUAGGUGGGUGCACAACACGCGUACACUCUGCUUGUUACACACACAGGGACGCACAGCAGCACACAAACAUGCCAAAUAUUACAAAUAAAAGGAUUCCUCUCUCGAGAAGCGUUCAGUUUUUCCGCUUGCAAAUUCCGCCAUGUAAAUAGCGAAUCCACCAUGGUUCAAGCGCACCUGGCUUUAAAAGGGAAUGGGAGAUGAGACUCUGAUUGGUUUAUUGCACGUUAUGCCCAAAACACACCCAUGACUCAUUAAGAGAUGAGGUACAACCCUUUUAGACCAUGCACCUGGCGGUUGACCAUUUUUUCUGUUGUUAAACUAGCAAAAGUGGAUUCGGACACGCCCUAAGUGCACCUGCGCCAUGCGCUUCAGACCAUGUGCUUAGAUUGUUAAAAUAGGUCCCUCACAGUGCAUUAUGCAGUGCAUUGUGGGAUUGAAUGAGUGCACUCGAUAACGUCCACUAUGGUUUUGGACACCACUAAAAAUAACUGUCCCCUCAAAUAGUGCCCUAUUUAAGGGUAUAGGGGCCGAUUUCAGACACAGACAUUGAUUAGCUCAGGUGUGUAUAAUUAGGGUUGAAGUUAAACUCUGCAGGACAGUGGCCCUUCAGGAGCAGGAUUGGACCUCCCUGCUGGUCUUCUCAGUGGCUGGAAGAGCAUGUAAAGGCCAUGUGUGCUUGUGAGUAUGUGUGUGGUGGCAGUAUGAGUACUUUUUAUUUGUACAUGGCGUCAUUUUCAGAGGUUAUUGUAAUUCUGCAUUAGGCCGUAGAUUUGUAACCCCAGGCCAGAGAUAUUAACCCUUUGGUGCAUGAAUUAUUAAAUCACAAAUAAUAGUCUUAAUGUUUUUAUUACCUUUUUUUAAAAAAAGAAAAAAAAAGAAUUCCCAGUCUUUUUCCAAAAAAUAACGCAUUUUGAGAGCGUUACUGUCCACUGCAAUAAGAUAUAGUAGUUGUUACUUGCUGCAUCCCUUUUGUUUGCCAUUUUGAGUUUGUUGUCAUUAAAAAACAAAGAUUAUAAAAAGGAUUGUCACUAUGAAUUGUAGAUAAGUGUCAAAGGUCUUCACCUUAAAAUGGCUUUUAAAGAUCUGUGCACUGUUGUGUACAUCAUGCAUCAAAGUGUUACAUUAUACGGUUGUCUUCGCGCUAUCCCAGCUAACAAAAAUAAGUUCUAAGAAGUUCUUUACUCUCCCCCAGGUCAUCCAAGAUGUUCAUGUCUUUCUUUCUUCAGUGGAAAAGAAAUUUUUUGAGGAAAACAAUCCAGGAUUUUUCUCCAUAUAGUGAACUUCAAUGGGGACCAACAGGUUGAAGGUCCAGAAGAAAUUUCAUCUCAUUUUCUCUUUUAACUUCCAAAUCGUCCGACAUCGUUGUUUUACUUUUUUUUGUAAAGGCCGUUUCACGUUCGCUUUGUAGACACUGGGUCAGUACUUCCGCCUACGUCACGCGUGACCUUUCCAACGUGAUUACAUAAUGCGUGGCAUAGUGCAAGACAAGCAUUUGUGGUUAAAAAAAAAAAAAAAUAUGUAUAUAUAUAUAUAUAUAUAUAUUUUAUUUUAUUUAGAAUAUGACCGAUCGUUUCGCUAGAUAAGACCCUUAUUCCUCGGUCUGGGAUCGUGUAGAGCUCUUUGAAGCUGCACAUUUGGACCUUCAACUCGUUCACUGAAGUCCACUAAAUGGAGAAAAAUCCUGGAAUGUUUUCCUCAAAAAUCUUAAUUUCUUUUCAACUAAAGAAAGAAAGACAUGAACAUCUUGGAUGACAUGGGGGUGAGUAAAUUAUCAGGAAAUUUUGAUUCUGAAGUGAACUAAUCCUUUAAGUUAUGAAAACAUUGUUUAAAACGUCCAGUUUAUUAAAAAAAUAAAUAAAUAAAUGGAACAUUCCAAUUGAUUAUUUUGCAAAUGUUACUUUUGAAUGUUCUCUAAACAUUCUGAAACAAGUAGUAACGUUUAAAAACUUUCAGUAAAAAAGUUCAGUGAACAAUGCAUAAAUAUCGUUUUUGUGCCAAUAUUUUGAGAACAUUAUUAUAGACCAGAUAACUUAGAAUGGACAGUCUAUUAACACUACUGGAAGAUCAUUUGUUCAUAAUUUUGAGAGAACCUUGCCAAAACGUUCUGAGAAAGUUUCCUGUUAGCUGGGAUAUUUCCCAAAAUAAUUCCCAAAAUAAAUUUAACUGAUAAUAUCAUAACGUCAAAUCUAGAGGAAUGAAGUCCCUCUAAAAACAUUAUUUCCCAGUUUAACUAAGAAAUACGUGACAUUAUGGAAGAAUUUAUUAUGCAAUAUGGCUCCGCCCCUUUCAUCUUACUGUUGGAUGAUGGGAAGCCCACUACCAAUUGAUUAGCAUAGGAGCAGUGGGGACAUGUUGAGAAUCGCCUUACUGCGAGUCUUUGACGAUCAAAGGUCAUUGAUAUUGAUGUCUCAAAGUGUUUCAAACCCAGAAUCAUCAGACACCCAGAGGUCCAUUAUUUCAGAUUUGCUUCCACCCAGACAGUAUUCAGAGAGACUCAACAAAAACUGUGGAUUUAGCCAGCGAUCCUACACAUUUGAUGUGCGUGUGCUUCAUGAUUGCGUGUGUGUUGGUUUUCAGCUCUGCGAAAACAUCUCAUCUGCGUUUGGUAGCUCUGAUUCCAGAUCCGGUACGUUACGGCAAACUCUUGUGUCAGAAUGAAAGGCACAAGUCUUGAGAAACCAGUGUAGACAUGUUCAUGUCAUUUCACCAAAUUCAUCUUUUUCACACAUAACAGAUGCCCUUAGGAGUGAAAUAAAUUACAGUCUGUACAGUUCAGCUCAAAUACCUGUACAGGUAUUGCAGAAAUGCACGAUGACUGGGUCGCAUCCCUCCAGAUUUUUUUGAACUUGACCAGAAUUUCAGGUUCACGGGAGAGGUCGCACGUCAUACAAGAAGCUGGUCGUUUUUAUAUGUUUCCUUUGUAUUUCCUUUUCAUAAGCUCGUUCCUCCAUCUUCAGCUGUACGCGUCUGAUAACCGUGUCCACCGGGCACCCGUUUCGUUCACCUUGAGAACCAAACAAGCUUUACACCUCUCUGAGAAAGAGAAAUGAGACUUGUACUUUUUUUAUAUAGUCGGCACUUCACUGACAAAAUAAUUAUUUUUCUUCUCACUUGUAUCUUGCACUUAACACAUGUAGCAAUACCUAUAGAAAGGGGGAACUGUGUAAAUCACCAGUAUUCGUAAAGUGAAAUAUUCAUUUUAUCGCUGAUUGUUGUUCCAUUUUGUACAAAACAAUAUUGUGUACAGGUUAAAAAUGAAACAAAACAAAAACAAAGCCAAAAAAAGGGACGAAAAAGAUGAAAAUGACAACUGAAGUCUUUUAGAUAAACAUUAUUUAUUUUUACUGUUUUGUAAUUUAGACACUAUACUGUAGCUCCUCUAUUGCCAGACUUACUGGAAGUGCCUCUUGGUAUAAUGUAACAUACAGAAAAUAUAUAUUGAGAUUAUUAGAACCUGUCACAAGCUGAACAUUGUGGAUGUUGUAAUGUGAAUACAGUUUAAUAAUACGAGUGAAAUACUGUGGUA